AUGGCUGCUACUAAUACGACAGCUUUACCAGCACGCAAUCGAAGAACACUACCACCAAUGCAGCCUAUUUCAUUCAUAAAUAUGGGUCAGGCAACACAAGUCAAUCCACUUCAAAAAUCUUUUGCAACAUCGAUGCCUCCUGACCAAGUUGCACAAGGUCAAGUAAUUUCGCCGACUUUCCUGUCAGUUCCACCAUCACCAAUAAGAGAACAACAAAACGGAGUCUAA